GUCUCUUUUUUACAAAUAAUAACUUUGAGUAAAAUAUUAUAAAAAUUUUUAAAAAAACAUAAAAUAAUGUAUAAAAUAUUUGUACUAAGUUUGUGUGUAUUUACGAUCACACAUACCGGUGCCUAUGAGUUCAGCGUCGAUGAUAUCAAUCAAAUACAAAAUGCCCGCAAUUUUACCGGUAAAGUAGUGCUGACCACCGGCUCGAGCAACGGUAUCGGUAAAGGCAUUGCUAAACUGUUUGCACUGUUUGGCGCACAGGUAGUCAUUCACGGUUUGAAUGCUACAGAAGUAUCGCAAACGGCUGUUGAGGCACAAGAAUUAUCGCCGAAAAAGCUUAAGCCUCUUGAAUUGGUCGGCGAUCUGACCAAAACCGACGAUUUGAUUAAGAUUUUGACAAAAACUAUCGAUGCUUUUGGAAAGUUAGAUAUUUUGGUCAAUAAUGCCAACUAUGAGGGAGUUUUGUUUGCAAACAACGACAACAUUACUCAAGUAUUUGACGACACUAUACGUAAACAUUUGCGAUCGUUUCUAGAGCUGACACAUUUGGCGGCACCUUAUUUGGAGGACACUAACGGCACUGUUAUUAGUACGGCCAGUGAUUUAUCAAACAAUCCGCACACUCUUGAGUUGGCUUAUAUGGUAUCGAAAGCCGGUGUCGAUAUGAUGACCAAAGUGUUGGCUCAGGAAUUAGGUCCUAGAGUUCGGGUCAAUGCAAUCAGUCCAGGUUUGACUCAUUCAGAUGACUACACACCCAAUAAUUUGGAUAAACAAUUGAUAUCUCAUACACCACUCAAACGUAUGGGUCAUCCAUUAGAUGUGGCAAAAGGUGUCAUAUUUUUGGCUUCAAGUGAAGCUAACUUCAUAACCGGUGCUAACCUUUACAUUGAUGGAGGACUGGUAGCUAACUCACAUUGA